GGACCAUGUUACGCACUACGCAUUGUUGUUACGCACUACGUAACGUCCCUGUUCCUGUGGGUGGGAAGCCCCUAGCUCGACCUGCCACCGCCCGGCCCAGAGACACUCGGAGAGACGAUCUUGGAUGAGUAGUAAGGAUUGUACAACAUAGCUAUGCAGACCAUCAAGUGUGUUGUAGUGGGGGACGGAGCAGUCGGUAAAACAUGUCUGCUCAUCUCUUACACCACAAACAAGUUCCCCUCUGAAUAUGUACCAACGGUGUUUGAUAACUAUGCUGUGACUGUAAUGAUUGGAGGGGAGCCCUACACUCUGGGCUUGUUUGACACUGCAGGUCAGGAGGAUUACGACCGGUUACGACCUCUGAGUUAUCCCCAGACUGAUGUCUUCCUUGUCUGCUUCUCAGUCGUGUCCCCAUCUUCCUUUGAGAACGUCAAAGAAAAGUGGGUACCGGAGAUAACUCACCACUGUCCAAAGACUCCCUUCCUGCUGGUGGGGACCCAGAUUGAUCUGCGGGACGACCCCUCGACCAUAGAGAAGCUGGCCAAGAACAAGCAGAAGCCCAUCACCCCUGAGACGGCUGAGAAGCUGGCCCGAGACCUGAAGGCUGUUAAAUACGUGGAGUGCUCCGCCCUCACACAGAAAGGCCUAAAAAAUGUGUUUGAUGAGGCGAUACUGGCUGCCCUGGAGCCCCCCGAGCCCAAGAAGAAACGCAAAUGUGUGAUGCUAUGAAUGGUGCCCGUCUCUCACACACACACACACACUCACACUCACACUCUCUCUCACACACACACACACACACCUUUCCCUUGCUCUGCUAAGGCUGGUUCACAGCGUUUGUCACCAAGUUAUGAAUAGAGUCAACCAACAUGUUAUAUAAAACAAGCCAUCUUUAUUGUAAAAAGUUAGAACGCAAAGCUAACAUGGCUAACGGUGUGUUUAACCAGGACUGGAUAUUGUUCAAUCACACAGCCACCCUUCAAGGGGCUGGCGAUGGUGACCCGCCUCUCUCCGUAGGCUUCAGGGGGUCAACCUAAAUCAAGCCCUGCCCCCGCCCCCUCUACCUGGCCCAAACACAGCCUUUAUACCCUGCUGUUCGGCCAGCAUCCUUGCCCCAUAACCUCCUUUUUUACCCCCGGCUUUGCCGAGAGGAGUGCGAAUGGAGUAGUGUUUAAAGUCGUUUUGCCAACACCCCUCCCAAGCACAAAUCUGAUACGUUCCACAUUUCAAAUGGGCCCAGUCCCAGGCCCCAUGGGACCCUGGGUUCUGGGCUGGCCUGGUUGAUAUACAGCCGUGUGGCGGUCCACAUGGAGGAUUGUAAACGUAGCUGUGAACCACUCGGAACCCGUUAAGUGGCCAGACAUCAUAGGUUGAGCGUAGCGUUGGCGUGGGGAAUGUGGUAUUUAUUAUUGAAGCUCCAAAGGCUCCCAGUAGCACCGGGCCUGAAGUGGACCGGGCCCUUCUCAAAGCAGGGAACUCCUAACAGUGUUAGCAGGACGAGUGGUAUGUUCUCCAAGCGUCGCCAGGGACCAGAGUCAAAGUAUACCGUUUAAAGUGAUCCUGUAUCGUUGCAAUUUGAACGGGUCAAAUGGAGAAGUACACAAAACAAAUAUUCAAACUGUUAUGGCUUGUAUGGGCAGCCAUAGUUCCAGUACCGUUGUUCAUUUGUUUGUUAAGGCUCGUUUGAAUUUGAAUUCUCCACCAUAAUUCUGUGCCAAGUCAGAAUGUGGUGCCUGGGUGAGAGCUUGUGUGAGCUGUACCUUGUGUAGGACUGCUCUACCCAUUCAGACUGUACUGUACUGCAUGUGGCUCUGCCUCUCUGUCCUGAUGAUAGGUUUUAACUCAUGUAAUAAUAAUGUAAGAUGGCACACAAUGUGGAUGUAGGCUCCAGAUGUUUUUACCGAAAUGUUUAUUUCUUGUAUGGCAGUUUGUUUUUAUUUGUAUUUUUAUUUUAUAUAAAUAUAUAUAUAUAUAAAGGUUACUUUACUCCCUUUACAUUUAGGGGUCGGGACUCAUCUGAACACUCCCCCUUCAGUUACAAAAAGCAAAGUCAGAUUUGUUGAGUCUUUUUAAAACCUCCAUUGGCAAUGAAACUGAUUUGGCAAAAACGAUUUUUUCCUCCACUGGUGGAUUUAGAAUUGGGUUGACGUCCAACCGAAGUCGGUAUAAUUAUAACCUGAUGUUUUUGGUGCAAAUCCAAAUGCUUUGUCUGAAGUCUUCGUUAUUUGUAUAUGCAUUCUUUAAAAAAAUAUUAAACUUAUACCUUAAUUGCCUUUGCAA